AGCCGCCCAUCAUGAAGCGCAAUCGCUGGAGCAGCGACGACGAGGACGACGAGAGCGACCGCCGGGCAGGAAGCAGGCGCCAGACCGAGGUCGACGUCAAGGAGCCCAAGGCCAGCGUCGUGGCGCCAGCGGCCGACGCUGUAACGCCGGACGCUGGUCCGCGGGCGACCAAGGGCCGGCCGCGCUGCCGGGGCGUCGACAACUACGCGCGCAUCGGCAAGAUCGACGAAGGUACGUACGGCGUCGUGUCCAAGGCGCGGGACAAGGCGACAGGCGACAUCGUGGCGCUCAAGCAGGUCAAGAUGACCGUGGACAUGUGCCGGGAAGGCUUUCCGGUGACAGCGCUGCGGGAAACCAACAUCCUCCUCGCACUGAACCACCCGAACAUCGUGCGCAUGCGCGAGAUGGUGGUCGGGUCGACACCCGACAAGAUCUACAUGGUCAUGGACUACGCGACCAAGGACUUGAAGCACGUGCUUGAGAAGAAGAAGGCCGAGAACCACCCGUUCCUGCAGUCCGAGAUCAAGACGCUUCUGCGCCAGCUCCUCUCGGCCAUGGCCUACAUGCACGGCAAGUGGUACAUCCACCGCGACCUCAAGAGCAGCAACUUGCUCUACGACGACGGCGUCCUCAAGGUAUGCGACUUUGGCAUGGCGAGAAAGUACGGAUCGCCGAUCCGCAACUACACGCUGCUUGUCGUGACGUUGUGGUACCGCGCGCCAGAGCUCCUCCUUGGCACGUCAUCGUACUCGACCGCCGUGGACAUGUGGUCCGUCGGGUGCAUCUUCGCAGAGCUCGUUCUGAUGAAGCCGCUCCUCAUGGGGCGCGGCGAGAUUGACCAGCUCGACCAAAUAUUUAAGCUCCUCGGGCCGCCCACCGAAGACAACUGGCCGGGUGUUACGAGUCUCCCCAACGUCGCCAACGUCAAGUGGAAGGGUCCGAAGCGGUCGGUACUGCGCGAGAAGUUCCCGGUCGCGAGCCUCACCUACGGUCAGAGCGCGCUCUCGAACGCCGGGUUUGAUUUGAUGCAGCGGCUCUUGACGCUCGACCCAAAACAGCGCAUCUCGGCCGCCGAUGCGCUCCAGCACGAGUACUUUCGCGAAGCACCGGCGUGCAAGCCUGUCGAGCUCAUGCCCACGUUCCCUUAGUGCAAUAAGAAAUGCAAAGAUAUUGCGCCCGA